AUGAUCAUUGAGGAGGAUGAAACGUUUAAAGCAGCAGAAAAGUAUUUGGAUGAACGAAUGUUUUGGAAUUUGCUGGCUUUGUUGAACAUAAAUGAUGAAAAAGAAAAGCAAGAAAUUUUAAAUUCGUCACUGCCCGAUGAGGUGAUGGAUGAACGGUUCAGUUUUAUUCAUCAUAGCGAAGAAGAAUGCAAGUCACAAUUCCAUCCAAAAACUCUCCCUGAGGUUUCUACAGAGCCGAAACAGAAAAGUCCCAAAAUUCGUAUGAAACCAUCCAUGAAGGAAAUUUUUGACGGAUCCUACUACAGAAAACAAAAAGAGCAUGCCAUGAGAAGCAAUCCGUCUUUGUUCACGUCUCGUUCUGGAGCGAACUCACUCAGUAUGUCAUCCUCAUUUGUGGAAGAAAAGACACAAACUAUUGAGGAAGAAGUGGAAAAUAUCAUUGCAGAGGAAGUUGAAAAAUUAAUUCGAUCUGAAAAUAGGAGAAGCUUAUCACGAGGAAGUUGCCUUGAGGGAGCUGCUUCGACGAGUCCAGAGCAAAGUGACAAUAGUCACCACGAAGAAGAAGCCGUCUUGUACGCCACAGAGAAUCCCUACCGAGUAUUGAAAGUGAAAAAGGAUUUGAGAACUAUUCCAGAAACAAAGAAAAAAGUGUCAUCUCGAGAAGCCAUUGGAAAUAUCAAAACUGUCCUGCUAAAUCAAUUCGAGCUCACAACCAUGCUAAGUAAUCAGUUGAGCGAGUUGAAAAAAAAGAAACAAUAA